AUGAGCCAAAGUCGAAAUCGGAGUCACGAUAGAAGUGCAUCAAGAUCUCCAUCAAAAUCGAAAUCAAGAUCACGCUCAAAAUCAGGUUCACUUUCGUCAACAUCAUCUGGUCGUGCAGCAAAAUCACGGGAUUGGAACGGUGAAUCAGGUUACCGUUUACAUGUUUCUCCACUUAAUCCACGAACAACACGUCGCGAUAUUGAAGAAAUCUUUUCAAAAUAUGGUCAAAUUAAUGAAGUCUGGAUGGCAACCAAUCCACCAUGUUUUGCUUUUGUCAAUUUUAAACAUCGUGCUGACGCUGAAGAAGCAAUACAAGCAAUGGAUGGAAAAACGAUUGAUAAUUCUCGAGUUGGUAUUUCGUUUGCACGUAAACGAACAAUAGGUGGCCGUCGUGGUGGCGGCGGCGGUGGUGGCGGUUCGUAUGGUAACGGUGGUGAUCGUUAUUCACGUGGAAAUCGUGAUUCACCACGCUAUCGUCGUCGUUUUUCGCCUCGGGAUGAUGGUCGCGAUAGAUACAAUGAUCGCCGACGACGAUAUUCACGAUCGCGUAGUCCAGUCCAGCAUAAGCGUGAUUAUCGCCCACGAUCAAGAUCAGCAUCACCAAAACCACGUCGUAAUCGCCCAUCAUCACGAGAUCGUUCACCACAACAACAAGCAGCAAAUGUUGUUCAUCGAUACAAGGAAAAUGAUGAUUAA